GGGCUGAAGGGAGGGGGAAAUGAAGAUGGGGAGGAGAGACAGGGAGAACUAGGGGUGCAGGUGCUCUGUGCUGGAUCAGGUAGUGUAUAUAUAUAAUUCUCUAAGGCGUACCCAUGGCUAAUCCCGUGUGUGGCAGCUCUCACGAGAGUUCAUGAGCAAAAGCACCUGAUUGGGCAGUGGGGAUUCCAUAUGCAGAUAGGGAGGAGGAGCCUGUGAUGGUUACGGUCAGUUGGAAUGCAACUGUUAUUGGUUGGAAGAUGUUCUUGAUGGUAGAGGAGAGGAAUCUAUCUACCUAGCCAGCGUGGUGUAGUGGUUAGAGUGCUGGACUAGGACCAGGGAGAACCGAGUUCAAAUCCCCAUUCAGCCAUGAUACUUGCUGGGUAACCCUGGGCCAGUCACUUCUCUCUCAGCCUAACCUACUGUUGUGAGGAGAAACUUAUGUAUGUAGUACACUGCUCUGGGCUCCUUGGAGGAAGAGCGAGAUAUAAAAAAUAAUUUUAAAGAAAUCUAUCUAUCUAAAAUGAUAGUGGGCAGGCAUAUGUGAAGAGGGGAUCAUGAGGGAGGAAAGAGCCCCUUCAGGAGAAGGAGGCUGUCGCUGUGUGAAUUAGAUGAGGAAACAAGAUGAACAAGAUCUGUUAACUCAGGAAGGGAAAGAGAAAAAGAAAGAAAGAAAAAAGGAGGGAAAGAAAGAAAGAAGCAAGGGCGAGGGAAGGGCCCCGAGCCUGUCAGCGGCCUGAGGGGAAUGAGUAGCUAUGGUAGUGUGACAGCAAGGAAAGGCCGGUCAACCUCUGCUGCUCCUGUGGGGAGGAGCAGGACUUGGUUGAGGGUGGGGAGGUCCCUGGGGAUAGGGGGCUGCAGCUUGGCCUAUAGGCACCAGCAAUGCUGCAGCCACGUCCAGGAGGGGUGAGGGGGAUGGAAGCAAAGGAAUGGAGGAGGAGGAGCAGGAGUGUGGCUCAGAUUUCUGCUCUUAGUCUACCUCUUCCUCCCAAAAAGUUGAUUGGAAAUAUGGAUCGUGAAUUUAUAGCUGAAAGACAGAAAGGACUCCAGAACUAUCUCAAUGUAAUUACUUCCAAUCACAUACUGUCCACCUGUGAACUGGUAAAGAAAUUUUUGGAUCCAAACAGCUACUCUGUAAACUACACUGAAAUUGCCUUACAGCACGUUUCAAUGUUCUUCCGGUCAGAGCCAAAGUGGGAAGUGGUAGAACCGUUAAAGGAUAUAGGCUGGAGGAUACGUAAGAAAUAUUUCUUAAUGAAGAUUAAGAACCAACCAAAAGAGCGGCUAGCAUUAAGCUGGGCUGACCUUGGCCCUGACAAAUACCUGUCGGAUAAAGAUCUUCAGUGUGCUAUGAAGCUUCUUUCUUCAUGUUCUCAUCCUUACAUUUACAAAGUCACUUUUGCAACAGCCAGUGAAUCUUCGGCACUGGUAAUUAGACCAUUCAGUGAAAAAGGAACACUAAAGGACUUGAUAUAUAAGGCAAAACCAAAAGAUCCAUUUUUGAAGAAGUACUGCAAUCCGAAGAAGAUUCAGGGUCUUGAACUUCAGCAAAUUAAAACAUUUGGCAGACAAAUACUAGAGGUCUUGAAGUUCUUGCAUGAAAAAGGAUUUCCAUAUGGCCAUCUUCAUGCUUCCAAUGUAAUGUUGGAUGGGGACACAUGCAGGCUACUGGACUUGGAGAACGCAUUGCUGGGGCUCCCAUCCUUCUAUCGGCCUUAUUUUACACAGUUCCGUAAAAUUAAUACUCUAGAAGGUGUUGAUGUACAUUGCUUUGGUCACUUAUUGUAUGAAAUGGCAUAUGGGAGACCUCCAGACUCUGUUCCAGUGGAUACCUUUCCUCCUGCACCAUCUAUGUCCAUAGUUACUGUCCUGGAAUCCGUACUUUCUCCCGAAGCCAUGAAGAAUGGCAUGCCAACUGUCUCCCGGCUUUUACAAAUGCCGUUAUUCAGUGACGUCUUUCUAACAAAUUCAGAAAAAACACAGUUUAAGAUUCCUACUAAGUUAAAAGAGGCACUGAAGACUGCCAAAGAAUGCAUAGAGAAGAGGCUACUAGAAGAACAGAAACAGAUUCACCAGCACAGAAGACUGACAAGAGCUCAGUCUCACCAUGGUUCAGAAGAAGAGAAAAAAAAGAGAAAGAUUUUGGCACGAAAAAAAUCCAAACGCUCUGCCUUUGAGAGUGGGGAAGAACAGACUAUGAAAUACAGCAACUCAAACAAUUCAGCAGGCUCUGGGGCGAGUUCACCUCUGACAUCACCUUCCUCCCCUGUUCCACCCUCUACAGCAGCAGGAGCCUCAACAAUUCCUUCACCACCUCCACCACCAGCAGCUCCCCCUCCCCCUCCUAACUUGGAUGUGCCAAUGCAGCCUGAUCCACGGCCUGUUAACAGCACAAGCCGCGGCGCCUUACUUAGCUCCAUUCAGAAUUUCCGGAAAGGAGCUUUGAAGAAAACAGAAACCUGUGACUACAGUGCUCCCAGAGUCAGCUGAAACUGUUUACACCAACCCAGCUUGGGUCUACUUUCUCUGUGUGUUCUAGGAACAACUUCUUCUCAGAUAAGUUUGAUUUAGCCGCUGCUUGUUAAGAGCCAUUUCAAGCUUUCUAGAACAUUCUCUCUUCAUGAGUAGCAGCACUGUCAACUUAAAUUGCCAAGGAGGGUGGGGCAAAAAGUGUCAAUUCCAGUUUAAAGGAACUCUUUUGGGGAUAUUUUUUUUGUUCUGAGUAGGCAGUCUUUUUCUAAUCAAAUCAGAAUGGAAAGCUCAGAAAUUACAGUUCCUUAGCCAAGAUGUGGUUCCAAUAGCUUCCAAACAUCUAAAUCUGCCACAUAGAUAUUAUGUUGAGUUAGUGAUUUGGCUUAGCUAUGGUAAACAUUCACUUAAUCUGAAAAUUAUAACAAUGGUGAGAGACUUCGUUUGUUCUCUCCCACUGUUCAUCCCUGCAAAAUACUGAUUUAGGCAAUGGUUUAUUUGAAUAUUGCUGAAACAUCUGACAGGACUAUACUUGUAAGGGGAAAAGUACUAUUUGGGAAAUAACUAGUUUCGGGGAUAAUCUAGUGUUGAGAUUUACACUUGAAGGGGGAAGAAGUGGCAUAUUUCCCCCAAACAAAAUUUAACAUUGUGAGAUGUAUUAUUGAGGUGGGAAUAACAAAAGAGCUAUAUAAUUUAAUGUUGAUUUAGUGGAAAAUGUCCUUUUCUGAUUUGUUGAAACCCUUAAAUUGCACUUUAAAGGAUUAUUAGUAAUCCAUUUUAAAGUCAAGUACACAUCAGUGUUUGUUACUAUGCAGAGAAUGUCAUUGUGUAUAAGAGUUCAUGUAACCUGUGAUAUACUCAAGUCAUAUUUUUAUUAAAAUAUGUGGCAAUUAAAUUUCA